GUAAAAGGAUCACCCACGAUGGCAGUCCGUUUCGAAUAUUCGAGAAGUUUAUCAAUUCUAGUUUGCGUUGUGGCAUUUUUUAAAACGGCCAACACUCAGAGUCUUUUUCCGAAUCAGCAGUUUUUGACAGGCAAUUCAUUUAGCUAUGGAAUUUUUGCCCCCGUUGGAUGGACUGUUGGAGCGUAUUCGUGGUACAUUGCUUCCCUAGGGUUGAUUCUUGGGGCCAUCGUUCUUCUGUACUUUGCCAAAGGAUGGAAUGCUGGGAGUUUCGAGACCGGUGGAUUUUUUAACCGAAGUCCUUACUAUUAUUACCAACGAGCAUUUGAUGACAGCUUAUUGGAUCUAAACGGACUAAGUGAGAUUAGUGAUGAAGAUAUCAAGAGGUAUUUGAUUGAUAAAAUAGAAGUUAUCGAACAUAAACUAAGCUCUUUUGGUUAA